AUGUGCUUCCUCUGCUUGCGCUUCUUCUGCUUGUGCUUCCUCUGCUGUGCUUCCUCUGCUUGCGCUUCCUCGGCUUGUGCUUCUUCAGCUUGUGCUUCCUGUGCUUGUGCUUCCUCUGCCUGUGCUUCCUCUGCUUGUGCUUUCUCUGCUUGCGAUUCGUCUGCUUGUGCUUCCUCUACUUGCGCUUCCUCUGCUUGCGCUUCCUCUACUUGUGCUUCCUCUGCUUGUGCUUCCUCUGCUUGCACUUUCUCUGCUUGUGCUUCCUCUGCUUGCGCUUCCUCUGCUUGUGCUUCCUCUACUUGGGCUCUUGUGCUUGUGCUUCCACUGCUUGUGCUUCCUCUGCUUGCGCUUUUUGUGCUUGUGCUUCCUCUGCUUCUGCUUCCUCUGCUUGCACUUCCUCUGCUUUUGUGCUUCCGCUGCUUGUGCUUCCUCUGCUUGUGCUUUCUCUGCUUGCUCUUCCUUUGCUUGCGCUUCCUCUACUUGCGCUUCCUCUGCUUGGGCUCCUCUGCUUGUGCUUCCUCUGCUUGUGCUUCCUCUGCUUGCGCUUCUUCUGCUUGUGAUUCCUCUGCUUGUGCUUCCUCUGCUUGCGCUUCCUCUGCUUGCGCUUCCUCUGCUUGCGCUUCCUCUGCUUGCGCUUCCUCUACUUGUUCUUCCUCUGCUUGCGCUUCCUCUGCUUGCACUUCCUCUGCUUGUGCUCCUCUGCUUGCGCUUCCUCUGCUUGCGCUUCCUAUGCUUGCGCUUCCUCUUCUUGCGCUUCCUCUGCUUACGCUUCCUCUGCUUGUGCUUCCUCCGCUUGCUCUUCCUUUGCUUACGCUUCCUCUGCUUGCGCUCCUCUGCUUGUGCUUUCUCUGCUUGUGCUUCCUCUGCUUGCGCUUCCUCUGCUUGUGCUUCCUCUGCUUAUGCUCCUCUGCUUGCGCUUCCUCUGCUUGCGCUUCCUAUGCUUGCGCUUCCUCUUCUUGCGCUUCCUCUGCUUACGCUUCCUCUGCUUGUGCUUCCUCUGCUUGCUCUUCCUUUGCUUACGCUUCCUCUGCUUGCGCUCCUCUGCUUGUGCUUGAUCUGCUUGUGCUUCCUCUGCUUGCGCUUCCUCUGCUUGUGUUUCCUCUGCUUGUGCUUUCUCUGCUUGCUCUUCCUCUACUUGCGCUUCCUCUGCAGGCGCUUCCUCUACUUGGGCUCCUCUGCUUGUGCUUCCUGUGCUUGUGCUUCCUGUGCUUGCGCUUCCUCUGCUUGUGCUUCCUCUGCUUGUGCUUCCUCUGCUUGCGCUUCCUCUGCUUGCGCUUCCUUUGCUUGCGCUUCCUCUGCUUGCGCUUCCUCUGCUUGUUCUUCCUCUGCUUGCGCUUCCUCUGCUUGCACUUCCUCUGCUUGUGCUCCUCUGCUUGCGCUUCCUCUGCUUGCGCUUCCUAUGCUUGCGCUUCCUCUUCUUGCGCUUCCUCUGCUUACGCUUCCUCUGCUUGUGCUUCCUCUGCUUGCUCUUCCUUUGCGUACGCUUCCUCUUCUUGCGCUCCUGUGCUUGUGCUUUCUCUGCUUGUGCUUCCUCUGCUUGCGCUUCCUCUGCUUGUGCUUCCUCUGCUUGCGCUUCCUCUGCUUGUGCGUCCUUUGCUUGCGCUUCCUCUGCUUGCGCUCCUCUGCUUGUGCUUCCUCUGCUUGCGCUUCCUCUGCUUGCGCUCCUCUGCUUGUGCUUCCUCUGCUUGCGCUUCCUCUACUUGUGCUUCUCUGCUUGCGCUUCCUCUGCUUGUGCUUCCUCUGCUUGCGCUUCCUCUGCUUGCGCUUCCUCUGCUUGCGCUUCCUCUGAUUGCGCUUCCUCUGCUUGCGCUUUCUCUGCUUAUGCUUCCUCUGCUUAUGCUUCCUCAGCUUGUGCUUCCUCUGCUUGCGCUUCCUCUGCUUGUGCUUCCUCUGCUUGCGCUUCCUCUGCUUGCGCUCCUCUGCUUGUGCUUCCUCUGCUUGCGCUUCCUCUACUUGUGCUUCUCUGCUUGCGCUUCUUCUGCUUGUGAUUCCUCUGCUUGUGCUUCCUCUGCUUGCGCUUCCUCUGCUUGCGCUUCCUCUGCUUGCGCUUCCUCUGCUUGCGCUUCCUCUGCUUGUUCUUCCUCUGCUUGCGCUUCCUCUGCUUGCACUUCCUCUGCUUGUGCUCCUCUGCUUGCGCUUCCUCUGCUUGCGCUUCCUAUGCUUGCGCUUCCUCUUCUUGCGCUUCCUCUACUUACGCUUCCUCUGCUUGUGCUUCCUCCGCUUGCUCUUCCUUCGCUUACGCUUCCUCUGCUUGCGCUCCUCUGCUUGUGCUUUCUCUGCUUGUGCUUCCUCUGCUUGCGCUUCCUCUGCUUGUGCUUCCUCUGCUUAUGCUCCUCUGCUUCCGCUUCCUCUGCUUGCGCUUCCUAUGCUUGCGCUUACUCUUCUUGCGCUUCCUCUGCUUACGCUUCCUCUGCUUGUGCUUCCUCUGCUUGCUCUUCCUUUGCUAAUGCUUCCUCUGCUUGCGCUCCUCUGCUUGUGCUUGAUCUGCUUGUGCUUCCUCUGCUUGCGCUUCCUCUGCUUGUGUUUCCUCUGCUUGUGCUUUCUCUGCUUGCUCUUCCUCUGCUUGCGCUUCCUCUGCAGGCGCUUCCUCUACUUGGGCUCCUCUGCUUGUGCUUCCUGUGCUCGUGCUUCCUCUGCUUACGCUUCCUCUGCUUGUGCUUCCUCUGCUUGUGCUUCCUCUGCUUGCGCUUCCUCUGCUUGCGCUUCCUUUGCUUGCGCUUCCUCUGCUUGCGCUUCCUCUGCUUGUUCUUCCUCUGCUUGCGCUUCCUCUGCUUGCACUUCCUCUGCUUGUGCUCCUCUGCUUGCGCUUCCUCUGCUUGCGCUUCCUAUGCUUGCGCUUCCUCUUCUUGCGCUUCCUCUGCUUACGCUUCCUCUGCUUGUGCUUCCUCUGCUUGCUCUUCCUUUGCGUACGCUUCCUCUGCUUGCGCUCCUGUGCUUUCUCUGCUUGUGCUUCCUCUGCUUGCGCUUCCUUUGCUUGUGCUUCCUCUACUUGCGCUUCCUCUGCUUGUGCUUCCUUUGCUUGCGCUUCCUCUGCUUGCGCUCCUCUGCUUGUGCUUCCUCUGCUUGCGCUUCCUCUGCUUGCGCUCCUCUGCUUGUGCUUCCUCUGCUUGCGCUUCCUCUACUUGUGCUUCUCUGCUUGCGCUUCCUCUGCUUGUGCUUCCUCUGCUUGCGCUUCCUCUGCUUGCGCUUCCUCUGCUUGCGCUUCCUCUGAUUGCGCUUCCUCUGCUUGCGCUUUCUCUGCUUAUGCUUCCUCUGCUUAUGCUUCCUCAGCUUGUGCUUCCUCUGCUUGCGCUUCCUCUGCUUGCGCUUCCUGUGCUUGCGCUUUCUUUGCUUGGGCUCCUUUGCUUGUGCUUCCUCUGCUUGUGCUUCCUCUGCUUGCGCUUUCUCUGCUUGUGCUUCAUGUGCUUGUGCUUCCUCUGCUUGCGCUUCCUCUGCGUUUGCUUCCUCUGCUUGCGCUUCCUCUGCUUGCGCUUCUUCUGCUUGUGUUGUGCUUCCGCUGCUUGUGCUUCCUCUGCUUGUGCUUUCUCUGCUUGCUCUUCCUCUGCUUGCGCUUCCUCUGCUUGCGCUUCCUCUGCUUGGGCUCCUCUGCUUGUGCUUCCUCUGCUUAUGCUUCCUCUUCUUGCGCUUCCUCUGCUUGUGCUUCCUCUGCUUGUGCUUCCUCUGCUUGCGCUUCCUCUGCUUGCGCUUCCUCUGCUUGCGCUUCCUCUACUUGCGCUUCCUCUGCUUGUUCUUCCUCUGCUUGCGCUUCCUCUGCUUGCACUUCCUCUGCUUGUGCUCCUCUGCUUGCGCUUCCUCUGCUUGCGCUUCCUAUGCUUGCGCUUCCUCUUCUUGCGCUUCCUCUGCUUACGCUUCCUCUGCUUGUGCUUCCUCUGCUUGCUCUUCCUUUGCUUACGCUUCCUCUGCUUGCGCUCCUCUGCUUGUGCUUUCUCUGCUUGUGCUUCCUUUGCUUGCGCUUACUCUGCCUGUGCUUCCUCUACUUGCGCUUCCUCUGCUUGUGCUUCCUUUGCUUGCGCUUCCUCUGCUUGCGCUCCUCUUCUUGUGCUUUCUCUGCUUUCGCUUCCUCUGCUUGCGCUCCUCUGCUUGUGCCUCCUCUGCUUGCGCUUCCUCUGCUUGUGCUUCUCUGCUUGCGCUUCCUCUGCUUGUGCUUCCUCUCCUUGCGCUUCCUCUGCUUGCGCUUCCUCUGCUUGCGCUUCCUCUGAUUGCGCUUCCUCUGCUUGCGCUUUCUCUGCUAAUGCUUCCUCUGCUUAUGCUUCCUCAGCUUGUGCUUCCUCUGCUUGCGCUUCCUCUGCUUGUGCUUCCUCUGCUUACGCUUCCUCUGCUUGCGCUUCUUGUGCUUGCGCUUCCUCUGCUUGCGCUUCCUCUGCUUGCGCUUCCUCUGCUUGCGCUUCCUCUGCUUGCGCUUCCUCUGCUUGCGCUUCCUCUGCUUGCGCUUUCUCUCCUUGGGCUCCUUUGCUUCUGCUUCCUCUGCUUGUGCUUCCUUUGCUUGCGCUUUCUCUGCUUGUGCUUCCUCUGCUUGUGCUUCCUCUGCUUGCGCUUCCUCUGCUUUUGCUUCCUUUGCUUGCGCUUCCUCUGCUUGCGCUUCUUCUGCUUGUGGUUCCUCUACUUGUGCUUCCUCUGCUUGUGCUUCCUCUACUUGCGCUUCCUCUGCUUGCACUUCCUCUGCUUGUGCUCUUUGGUUGUUCUUCCUCUGCUUGUGCUUCCUCUUCUUGUGCUUCCUCUGCUUGCGCUUCCUAUGCUUGUGCUUCCUCUGCUUGCGCUUCCUCUACUUGGGCUCCUCUGCUUUUGCUUCCUCUGCUUGUGCUUCCUCUGCUUGUGCUUCCUCUGCUUGCGCUUCCUCUGCUUACGCUUCCUCUGCUUGCGCUUCCUCUGCUUGCGCUUCCUCUGCUUGCGCUACCUCUGCUUGUGCUUCCUCUGCUUGUGCUUCCUCUGCUUGAUCUUCCUCUGCUUGCGCUUCCUCUGCUUGCGCUUCCUCUGCUUGGGCUCCUCUGCUUGUGCUUCCUCUGCUUGUGCUUCCUCUGCUUGUGCUUCCUCUGCUUGUGCUUCCUCUGCUUGUGCUUCCUCUGCUUGCGCGUCCUCUGCUUGCGCUUCCUCUGCUUGCGCUUCCUCUGCUUGCGCUUCCACUGCUUGUUCUUCCUCUGCUUGCGCUUCCUCUGCUUGCACUUCAUCUGCUUGUGCUCCUCUUCUUGCGCUUCCUCUGCUUGCGCUUCCUAUGCUUGCGCUUCCUCUUCUUGCGCUUCCUCUGCUUACGCUUCCUCUUCUUGUGCUUCCUCUGCUUGCUCUUCCUUUGCUUACGCUUCCUCUGCUUGCGCUCCUCUGCUUGUGCUUCCUCUGCUUGUGCUUCCUCUGCUUGCGCUUCCUCUGCUUGUGCUUCCUCUGCUUGUGCUUCCUCUGCUUGUGCUUCCUUUGCUUGCGCUUCCUCUGCUUGCGCUCCUCUGCUUGACCUUCCUCUGCUUGCGCUUCCUCUGCUUGCGCUCCUCUACUUGUGCUUCCUCUGCUUGCGCUUCCUCUGCUUGUGCUUCCUCUGCUUGCGCUUCCUCUGCUUGUGCUUCCCCUGCUUGCGCUUCCUCUGCUUGCGCUUCCUCUGCUUGCGCUUCCUCUGCUUGCGCUUCCUCUGCUUGCGCUUUCUCUGCUUAUGCCUCCUCUGCUUAUGCUUCCUCAGCUUGUGCUUCCUCUGCUUGCGCUUCCUCUGCUUGUGCUUCCUCUGCUUACGCUUCCUCUGCUUGCGCUUCCUUUACUUGCGCUUCCUCUGCUUGCGCUUCUUAUGCUUGCGCUUCCUCUGCUUGCGCUUCCUCUACUUGCGCUUCCUCUGCUUGCGCUUUCUCUGCUUGCGCUUUCUCUGCUUGGGCUCCUCUUCUUGUGCUUCCUCUGCUUGUGCUUCCUCUGCUUGCGCUUCCUCUACUUGUGCUUCCUCUGCUUGUGCUUCCUCUGCUUGUGCUUCCUCUACUUGCGCUUCCUCUGCUUGCGCUUCCUCUACUUGCGCUCUUUGGUUGUGCUUCCUCUGCUUGUGCUUCCUCUGCUUGUGCUUCCUCUACUUGCGCUUCCUCUGCUUGCGCUUCCUCUGCUUGUGCUCUUUGGUUGUGCUUCCUCUGCUUGUGCUUCCUCUGCUUGCGCUUCCUCUGCUUGUGCUUCCUCUGCUUGCGCUUUCUCUGCUUAUGCUUCCUCUGCUUGCGCUUCCUCUACUUGCGCUCCUCCGCUUGUGCUUCCUCUGCUUGUGAAUCCUCUGCUUGCUCUUCCUUUUCUUACGCUCCUCUACUUGCGCUUCCUCUGCUUGUGCUUCCUCUGCUUGCGCUUCCUCUGCUUGUGCUUCCUCUCCUGGCGCUUCCUCUGCUUGUGCUUCCUUGCUUCCUCUGCUUGUGCUUCCUCUGCUUGCGCUCCUCUGCUUGUGCUUCCUCUUCUUGCGAUUCCUCUGCUUGCACUUCCUCUGCUUGCGCUUCCUCUAUUUGCGCUUCCUCUGCUUGCGCUUCCUCUACUUGCGCUCCUCUGCUUGUGCUUCCUCUGCUUGCGCUUCCUCUGCUUGUGCUUCCUCUGCUUGCGCUUCCUCUGCUUGUGCUUCCUCUUCUUGCGCUUCCUCUGCUUGCGCUUCCUCUGCUUGCCCUUUUUCUGCUUGUGCUUCCUCUGCUUAUGCUUCCUCUGCUUGUGCUUCCUCUGCUUGCGCUUCCUCUACUUGUGCUUCCUCUGCUUACGCUUCCUCAGCUUGCGCUUCCUCUGCUUGCGCUUCCUCUGCUUGCGCUUCCUCUGCUUGCGCUUCCUCUGCUUGCGCUUCCUCUGCUUGCGCUUCCUCUGCUUGCGCUUCCUCUACUUGGGCUCCUCUGCUUGUGCUUCCUUUGCUUGUGCUUCCUCUGCUUGUGCUUCCUCUGCUUGUGCUUCCUCUGCUUGUGCUUCCUCUGCUUGCGCUUCCUCUGCUUGUGCUUCCUCUUCUUACGCUUCCUCUACUUGCGCUUCCUUUGCUUGUGCUUCCUCUGCUUGUGCUUCCUCUACUUACGCUUCCUCUGCUUGCGCUUCCUCUACUUGCGCUCCUCUGCUUGUGCUUCCUCUUCUUGUUCUUCCUCUGCUUGCGCUUCCUCUUCUUGUGCUUCCUCUGCUCCCGCUUCCUCUGCUUGCGCUCCUCUGCUUCUGCUACCUCUGCUUGUGCUUCCUGCAUGUGCUUCCUCCGCUUGCGCUUCCUCUGCUUACGCUUCCUCUGCUUGCGCUUCCUCUGCUUGCGCUUCCUCUACUUGUGCUUCCUCUUCCUGCGCUUCCUCUGCUUACGCUUCUUCUGCUUGUGCUUCCUCUGCUUGCUCUUCCUUUGCUUACGCUUCCUCUGCUUGCGCUCCUCUGCUUGCGCUUCCUCUGCUUGUGCUUCCUCUGCUUGCGCUUCCUUUGCUUGUGCUUCCUCUCCUUGCGCUUCCUCUGCUUGUGCUUCAUCUGCUUGUGCUUCCUCUGCUUGCGCUUCCUCUGCUUGGGCUUCCUCUGCUUGCGCUUCGUCUUCUUGCGCUUCCUCUGCUUACGCUUCCUCUGCUUGUGCUUCCUCUGCUUGCUCUUCCUUUGCUUACGCUUCCUCCGCUUGCGCUCCUCUGCUUGCGCUUCCUCUGCUUGUGCUUCCUCUGCUUGCGCUUCCUCUGCUUGUGCUUCCUCUCCUUGCGCUUCCUCUCCUUGUGCUUCCUCUGCUUGUGCUUCCUCUGCUUGCGCUCCUCUGCUUGUGCUUCCUGUGCCUGUGCUUCCUGCUUGUGCUUCCUCUACUUGCGCUUCCACUGCUUGCGCUUCCUCUGCUUGCGCUUCCUCUUCUUGCGCUUCCACUGCUUACGCUUCUUCUGCUUGUGCUUCCUCUGCUUGCUCUUCCUUUGCUUACGCUUCCUCUGCCUGCGCUCCUCUGCUUGUGCUUCCUCCGCUUGUGCUUCUUUUGCUUGCGGUUCCUCUGCUUGUGCUUCCUCUACUUGCGCUUCCUCUGCUUGUGCUUUCUCUGCUUGGGCUUCCUCUGCUUGCGCUUAUCUGCUUCUGCUUCCUCUACUUGUGCUUCCUGCUUUUGCUUCCUCUGCUUGCGCUUCCUCUGCUUACGCUUUCUCUGCUUGUGCUUCCUCUGCUUAUGCUUCCUCUGCUUGCGCUUCCUCUACUUGUGCUUCCUCUCCUUGUGCUUCCUCUACUUGCGCAUCUUCUGCUUGUGCUUCCUCUGCUUUCGCUUCCUCUGCUUGCGCUUCCUCUGCCUGUGCUUCCUCUGCUUGCGCUUCCUUUGCUUGUGCUUCCUCUGCUUGUGGUUCCUCUGCUUGCGCUUCCUCUGCUUGCGCUUCCUCUGAUUGUGCUUCCUCUGAGUGCGCUUCCUCUUCUUGUGCUUCCUCUGCUUGCGCUUCUUCUGCUUGUGCUUUGAUUGCUUGUGCUUUCUCCGCUUGCGCUUCCUCUUCUUGUGCUUCUUCUGCUUGUGCUUCCUCUACUUGCGCUUCCUCUCCUUGUGCUUCCUCUGCUUGCGUUUUCUCUGCUUGCCCUUCCUCUGCUUGCGCUUCUCUGCUUGUGCUUCCUCUGCUUGUGCUUCCUGUGCUUGCGCUUCUUCUGCUUAGGCUUCCCAGAUUGCACUUCCUCUGCUUGCGCUUCCUCUGCUUGCGCUUCCUCUGCUUAGGCUUCUCUGCUUGUGGUUCCUCUGCUUAUGCUUCCUCUGCUUGUGCUUCCUCUACUUGUGCUUCCUCUGCUUGUGCUUCCUCUACUUGCGCAUCCUCUGCUUGUGCUUCCUCUGCUUGCGCUUCCUCUGCUUGCGCUUCCUCUACUUGUGCUUCCUCUGCUUGCGCUUCCUCUGCUUGUGCUUCCUCUGCUUGUGCUUCCUCUGCUUGCCCUUCCUCUGCUUGCGCUUCCUCUGAUUGUGCUUCCUCUGAGUGCGCUUCCUUUUCUUGUGCUUCCUCUGCUUGCGCUUCUUCUGCUUGUGCUUUCAUUGCUUAUGCUUCCUCCGCAUGCGCUUCCUCUUCUUGUGCUUCUUCUGCUUGUGCUUCCUCUACUUGCGCUUCCUCUUCUUGUGCUUCCUCUGCUUGCGCUUCCUCUGCUUGUGCUUCCUCUUCUUGCGCUUCCUCUACUUACGCUUCCUCUGCUUGUGCUUCCUCUCCUUAUGUUUUCUCUGCUUGCGCUUCCUCUGCUUGUGCUUCCUUUGCUUGUGCUUCCUCUAAUUGUGCUUCCUCUGCUUGUGCUUCCUCUGCAUGUGCUUCCUCUUCUUGCGCUUCUUCUGCUUGUGCUUCCUCUGCUGUGCUUCCUCUGCUUGCGCUUCCUCGGCUUGUGCUUCUUCCGCUUGUGCUUCCUGUGCUUGUGCUUCCUCUGCCUGUGCUUCCUCUGCUUGUGCUUCCUCUGCUUGCGAUUCGUUUGCUUGUGCUUCCUCUGCUUGCGCUUCCUCUGCUUGCGCUUUCUCUACUUGUGCUUCCUCUGCUUGCGCUUCCUCUGCUUGCACUUCCUCUGCUUGUGCUUCCUCUGCUUGCGCUUCCUCUGCUUGUGCUUCCUCUGCUUGUGCUUCCUCUGCUUGUGCUUCCUCUGCUUGGGCUCUUGUGCUUGUGCUUCCACUGCUUGUGCUUCCUUUGCUUGCGCUUCCUGUGCUUGUGCUUCCUCUGCUUCUGCUUCCUCUGCUUGCACUUCCUCUGCUUGCGCUACCUCUGCUUGCGCUCCUCUGCUUGCGCUUCCUCUGCUUCUGCUUCCUCUGUUUGCGCUUCCUCUAGUUGUGCCUCCGCUGCUUGUGCUUCCUCUGCUUGUGCUUUCUCUGCUUGCUCUUCCUCUGCUUGCGCUUCCUCUGCUUGCGCUUCCUCUGCUUGGGCUCCUCUGCUUGUGCUUCCUCUGCUUGUGCUUCCUCUGCUUGCGCUUCCUCUGCUUGUGCUUCCUCUGCUUGUGCUUCCUCUGCUUGCGCUUCCUCUGCUUGCGCUUCCUCUGCUUGCGCUUCCUCUGCUUGCGCUUCCUCUGCUUAUUCUUCCUCUGCUUGCGCUUCCUCUGCUUGCACUUCCUCUGCUUGUGCUCCUCUGCUUGCGCUUCCUCUGCUUGCGCUUCCUAUGCUUGCACUUCCUCUUCUUGCGCUUCCUCUGCUUACGCUUCCUCUGCUUGUGCUUCCUCCGCUUGCUCUUCCUUUGCUUACGCUUCCUCUGCUUGCGCUCCUCUGCUUGUGCUUUCUCUGCUUGUGCUUUCUCUGCUUGCGCUUCCUCUGCUUGUGCUUCCUUUGCUUGUGCUCCUCUGCUUGCGCUUCCUAUGCUUGCGCUUCCUCUUUUUGCGCUUCCUCUACUUACGCUUCCUCUGCUUGCGCUCCUCUGCUUGUGCUUGAUCUGCUUGUGCUUCCUCUGCUUGAGCUUCCUCUGCUUGUGCUUCCUCUGCUUGUGCUUUCUCUGCUUGCUCUUCCUCUGCUUGCGUUUCCUCUGCAGGCGCUUCCUCUACUUGGGCUCCUCUGCUUGUGCUUCCUGUGCUUGUGGUUCCUCUGCUUGCGCUUCCUCUGCUUGUGCUUCCUCUGCUUGUGCUUCCUCUGCUUGCGCUUCCUCUGCUUGCGCUUCCUCUGCUUGCGCUUCCUCUGCUUGCGCUUCCUCUGCUUGUUCUUCCUCUGCUUGCGCUUCCUCUGCUUGCACUUCCUCUGCUUGUGCUCCUCUGCUUGCGCUUCUUCUGCUUGCGCUUCCUAUACUUGCGCUUCCUCUUCUUGCGCUUCCUCUGCUUACGCUUCCUCUGCUUGUGCUUCGUCUGCUUGCUCUUCCUUUGCUUACGCUUCCUCUGCUUGGGCUCCUCUGCUUGUGCUUCCUCUGCUUGUGCUUCCUCUGCUUGCGCUUCCUCUGCUUGUGCUUCCUCUGCUUGUGCUUCCUCUACUUGCGCUUCCUCUGCUUGCGCUUCCUCUGCUUGCGCUUCCUCUGCUUGCGCUUCCUCUGCUUGUUCUUCCUCUGCCUGCGCUUCCUCUGCUUGCACUUCAUCUGCUUGUGCUCCUCUUCUUGCGCUUCCUCUGCUUGCGCUUCCUAUGCUUGCGCUUCCUCUUCUUGCGCUUCCUCUGCUUACGCUUCCUCUGCUUGUGCUUCCUCUGCUUGCUCUUCCUUUGCUUACGCUUCCUCUGCUUGCGCUCCUCUGCUUGUGCUUCCUCUGCUUAUGCUUCCUCUGCUUGCGCUUCCUCUGCUUGUGCUUCCUCUGCUUGUGCUUCCUCUGCUUGUGCAUCCUUUGCUUGCGCUUCCUCUGCUUGCGCUCCUCUGCUUGUGCUUCCUCUCCUUGCGCUUCCUCUGCUUGCACUCCUCUGCUUGUGCUUCCUCUGCUUGCGCUUCCUCUGCUUGUGCUUCCUCUGCUUGCGCUUUCUCUGCUUGUGCUUCCUCUGCUUGCGCUUCCUCUGCUUGCGCUUCCUCUACUUGCGCUUCCUCUGCUUGCGCUUCCUCUGCUUGCGCUUUCUCUGCUUAUGCCUCCUCUGCUUAUGCUUCCUCAGCUUGUGCUUCCUCUGCUUGCGCUUCCUCUGCUUGUGCUUCCUCUGCUUACGCUUCCUCUGCUUGCGCUUCCUUUACUUGCGCUUCCUCUGCUUGCGCUUCCUCUGCUUGCGCUUCCUCUGCUUGCGCUUCCUCUGCUUGCGCUUCCUCUGCUUGCGCUUUCUCUGCUUGGGCUCCUUUGCUUGUGCUUCCUCUGCUUGUGCUUCCUUUGCUUGCGCUUCCUCUGCUUGUGCUUCCUCUGCUUGUGCUUCCUCUACUUCCGCUUCCUCUGCUUGUGCUUCCUCUGCUUGCGCUUCCUCUGCUUGCGCUUCUUCUGCUUCUGGUUCCUCUGCUUGUGCUUCCUCUGCUUGUGCUUCCUCUUCUUGCGCUUCCUCUGCUUGCGCUUCCUCUGCUUGUGCUCUUUGGUUGUGCUUCCUCUGCUUGUGCUUCCUCUGCUUGCGCUUUCUCUGCUUGUGCUUCCUCUGUUUGCGCUUCCUCUGCUUAUGCUUCCUCUGCUUGCGCUUCCUCUACUUGCGCUCCUCUGCUUCUGCUUCCUCUGCUUGUGCUUCCUCUGCUUGUGCUUCCUCUGCUUGCUCUUCCUCUGCUUACGCUCCUCUACUUGCGCUUCCUUUGCUUGUGCUUCCUCUACUUGCGCUUCCUCUGCUUGUGCUUCCUCUCCUUGCGCUUCCUCUGCUUGUGCUUCCUCUGCUUGCGCUUCCACUACUUACGCUUCCUCUGCGUGCGCUCCUCUGCUUGUGCUUCCUCUUCUUGCGAUUCCUCUGCUUGCACUUCCUCUUCUUGCUCUUCCUCUAUUUGCGCUUCCUCUGCUUGCGCUUCCUCUACUUGCGCUCCUCUGCUUGUGCUCCUCUGCUUGCGCAUCCUCUGCUUGUGCUUCCUCUGCUUGCGCUUCCUCUGCUUGUGCUUCCUCUUCUUGUGCUUCCUCUGCUUGCGCUUCCUCUGCUUGCGCUUUUUCUGCUUGUGCUUCCUCUUCUUAUGCUUCCUCUGCUUGUGCUUCCUCUGCUUGCGCUUCCUCUACUUGUGCUUCCUCUGCUUACGCUUCCUCUGCUUGCGCUUCCUCUGCUUGCGCUUCCUCUGCUUGCGCUUCCUCUGCUUGUUCUUCCUCUGCUUGCGCUUCCUCUGCUUGCACUUCCUCUGCUUGUGCUCCUCUGCUUGCGCUUCCUAUGCUUGCGCUCCUCUGCUUGCGCUUCCUCUGCUUACGCUUCCUAUACUUGCGCUUCCUUUGCUUGUGCUUCGUCUGCUUGUGCUUCCUCUGCUUGUGCUUCCUCUACUUACGCUUCCUCUGCUUGCGCUUCCUCUACUUGUGCUCCUCUGCUUGUGCUUCCUCUGCUUGUGCUUCCUCUGCUUGCGCUUCCUCUUCUUGUGCUUCCUCUGCUCCCGCUUCCUCUGCUUGCGCUCCUCUGCUUCUGCUUCCUCUGCUUGUGCUUCCUGCAUGUGCUUCCUCCGCUUGCGCUUCCUCUGCUUACGCUUCCUCUGCUUGCGCUUCCUCUGCUUGCGCUUCCUCUGCUUGCGCUUCCUCUUCUUGAGCUUCCUCUGCUUACGCUUCCUCUGCUUGUGCUUCCUCUGCUUGCUCUUCCUUUGCUUACGCUUCCUCUGCUUGCGCUCCUCUGCUUGCGCUUCCUCUGCUUGUGCUUCCUCUGCUUGCGCUUCCUCUGCUUGUGCUUCCUCUGCUUGCGCUUCCUCUGCUUGUGCUUCCUCUGCUUGUGCUUCCUCUGCUUGCGCUCCUCUGCUUGUGCUUCCUCUGCUUGUGCUUCCUGCUUGUGCUUCCUCUGCUUGCGCUUCCUCUGCUUGUGCUUCCUCUACUUGCGCUUCCACUGCUUGCUCUUCGUCUUCUUGCGCUUCCACUGCUUACGCUUCUUCUACUUGUGCUUCCUCUGCUUGCACUUCCUUUGCUUACGCUUCCUCUGCCUCUGCUCCUCUGCUUGUGCUUCCUCUGCUUGUGCUUCCUCUGCUUGCGCUUCCUCUGCUUGUGCUUCCUCUACUUGCGCUUCCUCUGCUUGUGCUUUCUCUGCUUGGGCUUCCUCUGCUUGCGCUUCUCUGCUUCUGCUUCCUCUACUUGUGCUUCCUGCUUGUGCUUCCUCUGCUUGCGCUUCCUCUGCUUACGCUUUCUCUGCUUGCGCUUCCUCUGCUUGCGCUUCCUCUGCUUGCGCUUCCUCUUCUUGCGCUUCCUCUGCUUACGCUUCCUCUGCUUGUGCUUCCUCUUCUUGCUCUUCCUUUGCUUACGCUUCCUCUGCCUGCGCUCCUCUGCUUGUGCUUCCUCUGCUUGUGCUUCCUCUGCUUGCGCUUCCUCUGCUUGUGCUUCCUCUACUUGCGCUUCCUCUGCUUGUGCUUUCUCUGCUUGGGCUUCCUCUGCUUGCGCUUCUCUGCUUCUGCUUCCUCUACUUGUGCUUCCUGCUUGUGCUUCCUCUGCUUGCCCUUCCUCUGCUUACGCUUUCUCUGCUUGCGCUUCCUCUGCUUGCGCUUCCUCUGCUUGCGCUUCCUCUUCUUGCGCUUCCUCUGCUUACGCUUCCUCUGCUUGUGCUUCCUCUGCUUGUGCUUCCUCUGCUUGUGCUUCCUAUGCUUGCGCUCCUCUGCUUGCGCUUCCUCUGCUUGUGCUUCCUCUGCUUGCGCUUCCUCCGCUUGUGCUUCCUCUCCUUGCGCUUCCUCUGCUUGUGCUUCCUCUGCUUGCGCUUCCUAUGCUUGCGCUCCUCUGCUUGUGCUUCUUCUGCCUUUGCUUCCUGCUUCUGCUUCCUCUGCUUGCGCUUCCUCUACUUGUGCUUCCUCUACUUGCGCUUCCACUGCUUGCGCUUCCUCUACUUGCGCUUCCUCUGCUUGUGCUUUCUCUGCUUGGGCUUCCUCUGCUUGCGCUUCUCUGCUUCUGCUUCCUCCACUUGUGCUUCCUGCUUGUGCUUCCUCUGCUUGCGCUUCCUCUGCUUACGCUUUCUCUGCUUGCGCUUCCUCUGCUUGCGCUUCCUCUGCUUGUGCUUUCUCUGCUUGGGCUUCCUCUGCUUGGGCUUCUCUGCUUCUGCUUCCUCUACUUGUGCUUCUUGCUUGUGCUUCCUCAGCUUGCGCUUCCUCUGCUUGCGCUUCCUCUGCUUACGCUUCCUCUGCUUGCUCUUCCUUUGCUUACGCUUCCUCUGCCUGCGCUUCCUCUGCUUGUGCUUCCUCUACUUGCGCUUCCUCUGCUUGCGCUUCCUAUGCUUGCGCUUCCUCUUCUUGCGCUUCCUCUGCGUACGCUUCCUCUGCUUGUGCUUCCUCUGCUUGCUCUUCCUUUGCUUACGCUUCCUCUGCUUGCGCUCCUCUGCUUGUGCUUCCUCUGCUUGUGCUUCCUCUGCUUGCGCUUCCUCUGCUUGUGCUUCCUCUGCUUGUGCUUCCUCUGCUUCUUGUGCUUCCUCUGCUUGCGCUUCCUCUGCUUGUGCUUCCUCUGCUUACGCUUCCUCUGCUUGCGCUUCCUUUACUUACGCUUCCUCUGCUUGCGCUUCCUCUGCUUGCGCUUCCUCUGCUGCGCUUCCUCUACUUGCGCUUCCUCUGCUUGCGCUUCCUCUGCUUGCGCUUUCUCUGCUUGGGCUCCUUUGCUUGUGCUUCCUCUGCUUGUGCUUCCUCUGCUUGCGCUUCCUCUGCUUGUGCUUCCUCUGCUUGUGCUUCCUCUACUUCCGCUUCCUCUGCUUGUGCUUCCUCUGCUUGCGCUUUCUCUGCUUGCGCUUCUUCUGCUUCUGGUUCCUCUGCUUGUGCUUCCUCUGCUUGUGCUUCCUCUACUUGCGCUUCCUCUGCUUGCGCUUCCUCUGCUUGUGCUCUUUGGUUGUGCUUCCUCUGCUUGUGCUUCCUCUGCUUGCGCUUCCUCUGCUUGUGCUUCCUCUGCUUGCGCUUCCUCUUCUUAUGCUUCCUCUGCUUGCGCUUCCUCUACUUGCGCUCCUCUGCUUCUGCUUCCUCUGCUUGUGCUUCCUCUGCUUGUGAUUCCUCUACUUGCGCUUCCUUUGCUUGUGCUUCCUCUACUUGCGCUUCCUCUGCUUGUGCUUCCUCUCCUGGCGCUUCCUCUGCUUGUGCUUCCUCUGCUUGCGCUUCCACUACUUACGCUUCCUCUGCUUGUGCUUCCUUUGCUUGCUCUUCCUUUGCUUACGCUUCCUUUGCCUGCGCUCCUCUCCUUGUGCUGCCUCUGCUUGUGCUUCCUCUGCUUGUGCUUCCUCUGCUUGUGCUUCCUCUACUUGCGCUACCUUUGCUAGUGCUUCCUCUGCUUGUGCUUCCUCUGCUUGCGCUCCUCUGCUUGUGCUUCCUCUUCUUGCAAUUCCUCUGCUUGCACUUCCUCUGCUUGCUCUUCCUCUAUUUGCGCUUCCUCUGCUUGCGCUUCCUCUACUUGCGCUCCUCUGCUUGUGCUUUCUCUGCUUGCGCUUCCUCUGCUUGUGCUUCCUCUGCUUGCGCUUCCUCUGCUUGUGCUUCCUCUUCUUGCGCUUCCUCUGCUUGCGCUUCCUCUGCUUGCGCUUUUUCUGCUUGUGCUUCCUCUGCUUAUGCUUCCUCUGCUUGUGCUUCCUCUGCUUGCGCUUCCUCUACUUGUGCUUCCUCUGCUUACGCUUCCUCUGCUUGCGCUUCCUCUGCUUGCGCUUCCUCUGCUUGCGCUUCCUCUGCUUGUUCUUCCUCUGCUUGCGCUUCCUCUGCUUGCACUUCCUCUGCUUGUGCUCCUCUGCUUGCGCUUCCAAUUCCCUGGCUCCUCUGCUUGCGCUUCCUCUGCUUACGCUUCCUAUACUUGCGCUUCCUUUGCUUGUGCUUCGUCUGCUUGUGCUUCCUCUGCUUGUGCUUCCUCUACUUACGCUUCCUCUGCUUGCGCUUCCUCUACUUGUGCUCCUCUGCUUAUGCUUCCUCUGCUUGUGCUUCCUCUGCUUGCGCUUCCUCUUCUUGUGCUUCCUCUGCUCCCGCUUCCUCUGCUUGCGCUCCUCUGCUUCUGCUUUCUCUGCUUGUGCUUCCUGCAUGUGCUUCCUCCGCUUGCGCUUCCUCUGCUUACGCUUCCUCUGCUUGCGCUUCCUCUGCUUGCGCUUCCUCUGCUUGCGCUUCCUCUUCUUGCGCUUCCUCUGCUUACGCUUCCUCUGCUUGUGCUUCCCCUGCUUGCUCUUCCUUUGCUUACGCUUCCUCUGCUUGCGCUCCUCUGCUUGCGCUUCCUCUGCUUGUGCUUCCUCUGCUUGCGCUUCCUCUGCUUGUGCUUCCUCUCCUUGCGCUUCCUCUGCUUGUGCUUCCUCUGCUUGUGCUUCCUCUGCUUGCGCUUCCUUUGCUUGUGCUUCCUCUACUUGCGCUUCCUCUGCUUGUGCUUUCUCUGCUUGGGCUUCCUCUGCUUGCGCUUCUCUGCUUCUGCUUCCUCUACUUGUGCUUCCUGCUUGUGCUUCCUCUGCUUGCGCUUCCUCUGCUUGCGCUUCCUCUGCUUGCGCUUCCUCUGCUUGCUCUUCCUUUGCUUACGCUUCCUCUGCCUGCGCUUCCUCUGCUUGUGCUUCCUCUACUUGCGCUUCCUCUGCUUGCGCUUCCUCUGCUUGUGCUUCCUCUACUUGCGCUCCUCUGCUGUUCAAUCCUCUUUCUUUCUUCUAAUUUUGACAUCCUCUGCUUGCGCUUCCUCUGCUUGCUCUUCCUUUGCUUACGCUUCCUCUGCCUGCGCUUCCUCUGCUUGUGCUUCCUCUACUUGCGCUUCCUCUGCUUGCGCUUCCUCUGCUUGUGCUCCUCUGCUUGCGCUUCCUCUGCUUGUGCUUCCUCUGCUUGCGCUUCCUCUGCUUGCGCUUCCUCUCCUUGCGCUUCCUCUGCUUGCGCUUCCUCUACUUGCGCUCCUCUGCUUGUGCUUCUUCUGCUUGUGCUUCCUGCUUGUGCUUCCUGCUUGCGCUUCCUCUGCUUGUGCUUCCUCUACUUGCGCUUCCUCUGCUUGUGCUUCCUCUGCUUGUGCUUCCUCUGCUUGCGCUUCCUCUGCUUGUGCUUCCUCUGCUUGCGCUUCCUCUGCUCGCGCUUCCUCUCCUUGCGCUUCCUCUGCUUGCGCUUCCUCUGCUUGCGCUCCUCUGCUUGUGCUUCCUCUCCUUGUGCUUCCUCUGCUUGUGCUUCCUCUGCUUGUGCUGCCUCUGCUUGCGCUUCCUCUGCUUGUGAUCCCUCUGCUUGCGCUUCCUCAGCUUGGGCUUCCUUUGCUUGGGCUCCUGUGCUUGCACUCCCUCUACUUGCACUUCCUCUUCUUGCGCUUCCUUUGUGCUUCCGCUGCUUGUGCUUCCUCUGCUUGUGCUUCCUCUGCUUGCGCUUCCUCUGCUUGCGCUUCCUCUGCUUGCGCUUCCUCUACAUGCGCUUCCUCUGCUUGGGCUCCUCUGCUUGUGCGUCCUCUGCUUGUGCUUCCUCUGCUUGCGCUUCCUCUACUUGUGCUUCCUCUGCUUGUGCUUCCUCUGCUUGCGCUUCCUCUGCUUGCGCUUCCUCUGCUUGCACUUCCUCUGCUUGUGCUUCCUCUGCUUGCGCUUCCUCUGCUUGUGCUUCCUCUAUUUGCGCUUCCUCUGCUUGCGCUUCCUCUAUUUGCGCUUCCUCUUCUUGCGCUUCCAUUGCUUACGCUUCCUCUGCUUGUGCUUCCUCUGCUUGCUCUUCCUUUGCUUACGCUUCCUCUGCCUGCGCUCCUCUGCUUGUGCUUCCUCUGCUUGUGCUUCCUCUGCUUGCGCUUCCUCUGCUUGUGCUUCCUCUGCUUGCGCUUCCUCUGCUUGCGCUUCCUCUUCUUGCGCUUCCUCUACUUGCGCUCCUCUGCUUGUGCUUCUUCUGCUUGUGCUUCCUGCUUGUGCUUCCUGCUUGCGCUUCCUCUGCUUGUGCUUCCUCUACUUGCGCUUCCUCUGCUUGUGCUUCCUCUGCUUGUGCUUCCUCUGCUUGCGCUUCCUCUGCUUGUGCUUCCUCUGCUUGCGCUUCCUCUGCUUGCGCUUCCUCUCCUUGCGCUUCCUCUGCUUGCGCUUCCUCUGCUUGCGCUCCUCUGCUUGUGCUUCCUCUCCUUGUGCUUCCUCUGCUUGUGCUUCCUCUGCUUGUGCUGCCUCUGCUUGCGCUUCCUCUGCUUGUGAUCCCUCUGCUUGCGCUUCCUCAGCUUGGGCUUCCUUUGCUUGGGCUCCUGUGCUUGCACUCCCUCUACUUGCACUUCCUCUUCUUGCGCUUCCUGUGCUUGUGCUUCCUCUACUUGUGCUUCCUCUACUUGCGCUUCCUCUUCUUGUGCUUCCUCUGCUUGAACUUCCUCUACUUGCGCUUCCUCUGCUUGCGCUCCUCUGCUUGUGCUUCCUCUGCUUGUGCUUCCUCUGCUUGCGCUUCUUCUAGUUGUGCUUCCGCUGCUUGUGCUUCCUCUGCUUGUGCUUCCUCUGCUUGCGCUUCCUCUGCUUGCGCUUCCUCUGCUUGCGCUUCCUCUACAUGCGCUUCCUCUGCUUGGGCUCCUCUGCUUGCUCCUCUGCUUGUGCUUCCUCUGCUUGUGCUUCCUCUGCUUGCGCUUCCUCUGCUUGUGCUUCUUCUGCUUGUGCUUCCUCUCCUUGCGCUUCCCCUGCUUGUGCUUCCUCUGCUUGCGCUUCCUCUGCUUGCGCAUCCGCUGCUUGUGCUUCCUCUGCUUGUGCUUCCUCUACUUGUGCUUCCUCUGCUUGCGUUUCCUCUGCUUGUGCUUCCUCUGCUUGCGCUUCCUCUGCUUGCGCUCCUCUGGUUGUGCUUCCUCCGCUUGUGCUUCCUCUGCUUGCGCUUCCUCUGCUUGUGCUUCCUCUGCUUUCGCUUCUUCUGCUUGUGCUUCCUCUGCUUGCGCUUCCUCUGCUUGCGCUCCUCUGCUUAUGCUUCUUCUGCUUGUGCUUCCUGCUUGUGCUUCCUCUGCUUGCGCUUCCUCUGCUUGUGCUUCCUCUACUUGCGCUUCCUCUGCUUGCGCUUCCUCUGCUUGCGCUUCCUCUUCUUGCGCUUCCUCUGCUUACGCUACCUCUGCUUGUGCUUCCUCUGCUUGCUCUUCCUUUGCUUACGCUUCCUCUUCUUGCGCUCCUCUGCUUGCGCUUCCUCUUCUUGCGCUUCCUCUGCUUACGCUUCCUCUGCUUGUGCUUCCUCUGCUUGUGCUUCCUCUGCUUGCGCUUCCUCUGCUUGCGCUUCCUUUGCUUGCACUUCCUCUGCUUGUGCUUCCUCUGCUUGCGCUUCCUCUGCUUGUGCUUCCUCUAUUUGCGCUUCCUCUGCUUGCGCUUCCUCUAUUUGCGCUUCCUCUUCUUGCGCUUCCAUUGCUUACGCUUCCUCUACUUGUGCUUCCUCUGCUUGCUCUUCCUUUGCUUACGCUUCCUCUGCCUGCGCUCCUCUGCUUGUGCUUCCUCUGCUUGUGCUUCCUUUGCUUGCGCUUCCUCUGCUUGUGCUUCCUCUGCUUGCGCUUCCUCUGCCUGCGCUUCCUCUGCUUGCGCUUCCUCUGCUUGCGCUUCCUCUGCUUGCGCUUCCUCUGCUUGCGCUUCCUCUGCUUAGGCUCCUCUGCUUGUGCUUCCUCUGCUUGUGCUUCCUCUGCUUGCGCUUCCUCUGCUUGUGCUUCUUCUGCUUGUGCUUCCUCUCCUUGCGCUUCCCCUGCUUGUGCUUCCUCUGCUUGCGCUUCCUCUGCUUGCGCUUCCGCUGCUUGUGCUUCCUCUGCUUGUGCUUCCUCUACUUGUGCUUCCUCUGCUUGCGUUUCCUCUGCUUAAGCUUCCUCUGCUUGCGCUUCCUCUGCUUGCGCUCCUCUGGUUGUGCUUCCUCUGCUUGUGCUUCCUCUGCUUGCGCUUCCUCUGCUUGUGCUUCCUCUGCUUUCGCUUCUUCUGCUUGUGCUUCCUCUGCUUGCGCUUCCUCUGCUUGCGCUCCUCUGCUUGUGCUUCUUCUGCUUGUGCUUCUUGCUUGUGCUUCCUCUGCUUGCGCUUCCUCUGCUUGUGCUUCCUCUACUUGCGCUUCCUCUGCUUGCGCUUCCUCUGCUUGCGCUUCCUCUUCUUGCGCUUCCUCUGCUUACGCUACCUCUGCUUGUGCUUCCUCUGCUUGCUCUUCCUUUGCUUACGCUUCCUCUUCUUGCGCUCCUCUGCUUGCGCUUCCUCUUCUUGCGCUUCCUCUGCUUACGCUUCCUCUGCUUGUGCUUCCCCUGCUUGCUCUUCCUUUACUUAUGCUUCCUCUGCUUGCGCUCCUCUGCUUGCGCUUCCUCUGCUUGUGCUUCCUCUGCUUGCGCUUCCUCUGCUUGUGCUUCCUCUCCUUGCGCUUCCUCUGCUUGUGCUUCCUCUGCUUGUGCUUCCUCUGCUUGCGCUCCUCUGCUUGUGCUUCCUCUGCUUGUGCUUCCUGCUUGUGCUUCCUCUGCUUGAGCUUCCUCUGCUUGUGCUUCCUCUACUUGCGCUUCCACUGCUUGCGCUUCCUCUUCUUGCGCUUCCACUGCUUACGCUUCUUCUGCUUGUGCUUCCUCUGCUUGCUCUUCCUUUGCUUACGCUUCCUCUGCCUGCGCUCCUCUGCUUGUGCUUCCUCUGCUUGUGCUUCCUCUGCUUGCGCUUUCUCUGCUUGUGCUUCCUCUACUUGCGCUUCCUCUGCUUGUGCUUUCUCUGCUUGGGCUUUCUCUGCUUGCGCUUCUCUGCUUCUGCUUCCUCUACUUGUGCUUCCUGCUUGUGCUUCCUGUGCUUGCGCUUCCUCUGCUUACGCUUUCUCUGCUUGCGCUUCCUCUACUUGCGCUUCCUCUGCUUGCGCUUCCUCUUCUUGCGCUUCCUCUGCUUACGCUUCCUCUGCUUGUGCUUCCUCUGCUUGUGCUUCCUCUGCUUGCGCUUCCUAUGCUUGCGCUCCUCUGCUUGCGCUUCCUCUGCUUGUGCUUCCUCUGCUUGCGCUUCCUCCGCUUGUGCUUCCUCUCCUUGCGCUUCCUCUGCUUGUGCUUCCUCUGCUUGCGCUUCCUAUGCUUGCGCCCUCUGCUUGUGCUUCUUCUGCCUUUGCUUCCUGCUUGUGCUUCCUCUGCUUGCGCUUCCUCUACUUGUGCUUCCUCUACUUGCGCUUCCACUGCUUGCGCUUCCUCUACUUGCGCUUCCUCUGCUUGUGCUUUCUCUGCUUGGGCUUCCUCUGCUUGCGCUUCUCUGCUUCUGCUUCCUCCACUUGUGCUUCCUGCUUGUGCUUCCUCUGCUUGCGCUUCCUCUGCUUACGCUUUCUCUGCUUGCGCUUCCUCUGCUUGCGCUUCCUCUGCUUGUGCUUUCUCUGCUUGGGCUUCCUCUGCUUGGGCUUCUCUGCUUCAGCUUCCUCUACUUGUGCUUCCUGCUUGUGCUUCCUCUGCUUGCGCUUCCUCGGCUUGCGCUUCCUCUGCUUGCGCUUCCUCUGCUUGCUCUUCCUUUGCUUACGCUUCCUCUGCCUGGGCUUCCUCUGCUUGUGCUUCCUCUACUUGCGCUUCCUCUGCUUGCGCUUCCUAUGCUUGCGCUUCCUCUUCUUGCGCUUCCUCUGUGUACGCUUCCUCUGCUUGUGCUUCCUCUGCUUGCUCUUCCUUUGCUUACGCUUCCUCUGCUUGCGCUCCUCUGCUUGUGCUUCCUCUGCUUGUGCUUCCUCUGCUUGCGCUUCCUCUGCUUGUGCUUCCUCUGCUUGUGCUUCCUCUGCUUGUGCAUCCUUUGCUUGCGCUUCCUCUGCUUGCGCUCCUCUGCUUGUGCUUCCUCUACUUGCGCUUCCUCUGCUUGCGCUCCUCUGCUUGUGCUUCCUCUGCUUGCGCUUUCUCUGCUUGUGCUUCCUCUGCUUGCGCUUCCUCUGCUUGUGCUUCCUCUGCUUGCGCUUCCUCUGCUUGCGCUUCCUCUGCUUGCGCUUCCUCUACUUGCGCUUCCUCUGCUUGCGCUUCCUCUGCUUGCGCUUUCUCUGCUUGGGCUCCUUUGCUUGUGCUUCCUCUGCUUGUGCUUCCUCUGCCUCCGCUUCCUCUGCUUGUGCUUCCUCUGCUUGUGCUUCCUCUACUUCCGCUUCCUCUACUUGUGCUUCCUCUGCUUGCGCUUCCUCUGCUUGCGCUUCUUCUGCUUCUGGUUCCUCUGCUUGUGCUUCCUCUGCUUGUGCUUCCUCUACUUGCGCUUCCUCUGCUUGCGCUUCCUCUGCUUGUGCUCUUUGGUUGUGCUUCCUCUGCUUGUGCUUCCUCUGCUUGCGCUUCCUCUGCUUGUGCUUCCUCUGCUUGCGCUUCCUCUGCUUAUGCUUCCUCUGCUUGCGCUUCCUCUACUUGCGCUCCUCUGCUUCUGCUUCCUCUGCUUGUGCUUCCUUUGCUUGUGCUUUCUCUACUUGCGCUUCCUCUGCUUGUGCUUCCUCUCCUGGCGCUUCCUCUGCUUGUGCUUCCUCUGCUUGCGCUUCCACUACUUACGCUUCCUCUGCUUGUGCUUCCUCUGCUUGCUCUUCCUUUGCUUUCGCUUCCUUUGCCUGCGCUCCUCUGCUUGUGCUGCCUCUGCUUGUGCUUCCUCUGCUUGUGCUUCCUGUGCUUGUGCUUCCUCUACUUGCGCUACCUUUGCUAGUGCUUCCUCUGCUUGUGCUUCCUCUGCUUGCGCUCCUCUGCUUGUGCUUCCUCUUCUUGCAAUUCCUCUGCUUGCACUUCCUCUGCUUGCUCUUCCUCUAUUUGCGCUUCCUCUGCUUGCGCUUCCUCUACUUGCGCUCCUCUGCUUGUGCUUCCUCUGCUUGCGCUUCCUCUGCUUGUGCUUCCUCUGCUUGCGCUUCCUUUGCUUGUGCUUCCUCUUCUUGCGCUUCCUCUGCUUGCACUUCCUCUGCUUGCGCUUUUUCUGCUUGUGCUUCCUCUGCUUAUGCUUCCUCUGCUUGUGCUUCCUCUGCUUGCGCUCCUCUGCUUGUGCUUCCUCUGCUUGUGCUUCCUCUGCAUGCGCUUCCUCUGCUUGUGCUUCCUCUGCUUGUGCUUCCUCUGCUUGUGCAUCCUUUGCUUGCGCUUCCUCUGCUUGCGCUCCUCUGCUUGUGCUUCCUCUACUUGCGCUUCCUCUGCUUGCGCUCCUCUGCUUGUGCUUCCUCUGCUUGCGCUUUCUCUGCUUGUGCUUCCUCUGCUUGCGCUUCCUCUGCUUGUGCUUCCUCUGCUUGCGCUUCCUCUGCUUGCGCUUCCUCUGCUUGCGCUUCCUCUACUUGCGCUUCCUCUGCUUGCGCUUCCUCUGCUUGCGCUUUCUCUGCUUGGGCUCCUUUGCUUGUGCUUCCUCUGCUUGUGCUUCCUCUGCCUCCGCUUCCUCUGCUUGUGCUUCCUCUGCUUGUGCUUCCUCUACUUCCGCUUCCUCUACUUGUGCUUCCUCUGCUUGCGCUUCCUCUGCUUGCGCUUCUUCUGCUUCUGGUUCCUCUGCUUGUGCUUCCUCUGCUUGUGCUUCCUCUACUUGCGCUUCCUCUGCUUGCGCUUCCUCUGCUUGUGCUCUUUGGUUGUGCUUCCUCUGCUUGUGCUUCCUCUGCUUGCGCUUCCUCUGCUUGUGCUUCCUGUGCUUGCGCUUCCUCUGCUUAUGCUUCCUCUGCUUGCGCUUCCUCUACUUGCGCUCCUCUGCUUCUGCUUCCUCUGCUUGUGCUUCCUCUGCUUGUGCUUCCUCUGCUUGCUCUUCCUCUGCUUACGCUCCUCUACUUGCGCUUCCUUUGCUUGUGCUUCCUCUACUUGCGCUUCCUCUGCUUGUGCUUCCUCUCCUGGCGCUUCCUCUACUUGUGCUUCCUCUGCUUGCGCUUCCACUACUUACGCUUCCUCUGCUUGUGCUUCCUCUGCUUGCUCUUCCUUUGCUUACGCUUCCUUUGCCUGCGCUCCUCUGCUUGUGCUGCCUUUGCUUGUGCUUCCUCUGCUUGUGCUUCCUGUGCUUGUGCUUCCUCUACUUGCGCUACCUUUGCUAGUGCUUCCUCUGCUUGUGCUUCCUCUGCUUGCGCUCCUCUGCUUGUGCUUCCUCUUCUUGCAAUUCCUCUGCUUGCACUUCCUCUGCUUGCUCUUCCUCUAUUUGCGCUUCCUCUGCUUGCGCUUCCUCUACUUGCGCUCCUCUGCUUGUGCUUCCUCUGCUUGCGCUUCCUCUGCUUGUGCUUCCUCUGCUUCCGCUUCCUCUGCUUGUGCUUCCUCUUCUUGCGCUUCCUCUGCUUGCGCUUCCUCUGCUUGCGCUUUUUCUGCUUGUGCUUCCUCUGCUUAUGCUUCCUCUGCUUGUGCUUCCUCUGCUUGCGCUUCCUCUACUUGUGCUUCCUCUGCUUACGCUUCCUCUGCUUGCGCUUCCUCUGCUUGCGCUUCCUCUGCUUGCGCUUCCUCUGCUUCUUCUUCCUUUGCUUGCGCUUCCUCUGCUUGCACUUCCUCUGCUUGUGCUCCUCUGCUUGCGCUUCCUAUGCUUGCGCUCCUCUGCUUGCGCUUCCUCUGCUUACGCUUCCUAUACUUGCGCUUCCUUUGCUUGUGCUUCGUCUGCUUGUGCUUCCUCUGCUUGUGCUUCCUCUACUUACGCUUCCUCUGCUUGCGCUUCCUCUACUUGUGCUCCUCUGCUUGUGCUUCCUCUGCUUGUGCUUCCUCUGCUUGCGCUUCCUCUUCUUGUGCUUCCUCUGCUCCCGCUUCCUCUGCUUGCGCUCCUCUGCUUCUGCUUUCUCUGCUUGUGCUUCCUGCAUGUGCUUCCUCCGCUUGCGCUUCCUCUGCUUACGCUUCCUCUGCUUGCACUUCCUCUGCUUGCGCUUCCUCUGCUUACGCUUCCUCUUCUUGCGCUUCCUCUGCUUACGCUUCCUCUGCUUGUGCUUCCCCUGCUUGCUCUUCCUUUGCUUACGCUUCCUCUGCUUGCGCUCCUCUGCUUGCGCUUCCUCUGCUUGUGCUUCCUCUGCUUGCGCUUCCUCUGCUUGUGCUUCCUCUCCUUGCGCUUCCUCUGCUUGUGCUUCCUCUGCUUGUGCUUCCUCUGCUUGCGCUCCUCUGCUUGUGCUUCCUCUGCUUGUGCUUCCUGCUUGUGCUUCCUCUGCUUGCGCUUCCUCUGCUUGUGCUUCCUCUACUUGCGCUUCCACUGCUUGCGCUUCCUCUUCUUGCGCUUCCACUGCUUACGCUUCUUCUGCUUGUGCUUCCUCUGCUUGCUCUUCCUUUGCUUACGCUUCCUCUGCCUGCGCUCCUCUGCUUGUGCUUCCUCUGCUUGUGCUUCCUCUGCUUGUGCUUCCUCUACUUGCACUUCCUCUGCUUGUGCUUUCUCUGCUUGGGCUUUCUCUGCUUGCGCUUCUCUCCUUCUGCUUCCUCUACUUGUGCUUCCUGCUUGUGCUUCCUCUGCUUGCGCUUCCUCUGCUUACGCUUUCUCUGCUUGCGCUUCCUCUGCUUGCGCUUCCUCUGCUUGCGCUUCCUCCUCUUGCGCUUCCUCUGCUUACGCUUCCUCUGCUUGUGCUUCCUCUGCUUGCUCUUCCUUUGCUUACGCUUCCUCUGCUUGCGCUCCUUUGCUUGCGCUUCCUCUGCUUGUGCUUCCUCUGCUUGCGCUUCCUCUGCUUAUGCUUCCUCUCCUUGCGCUUCCUCUGCUUGUGCUUCCUCUGCUUGCGCUUCCUAUGCUUGCGCUCCUCUGCUUGUGCUUCCUGCUUGUGCUUCCUCUGCUUGCGCUUCCUCUACUUGUGCUUCCUCUACUUGCGCUUCCACUGCUUGCGCUUCCUCUACUUGCGCUUCCUCUGCUUGUGCUUUCUCUGCUUGGGCUUCCUCUGCUUGCGCUUCUCUGCUUCUGCUUCCUCCACUUGUGCUUCCUGCUUGUGCUUCCUCUGCUUGCGCUUCCUCUGCUUACGCUUUCUCUGCUUGCGCUUCCUCUGCUUGCGCUUCCUCUGCUUGUGCUUUCUCUGCUUGGGCUUCCUCUGCUUGCGCUUCUCUGCUUCUGCUUCCUCUACUUGUGCUUCCUGCUUGUGCUUCCUCUGCUUGCGCUUCCUCUGCUUGCGCUUCCUCUCCUUGCGCUUCCUCUGCUUGCUCUUCCUUUGCUUACGCUUCCUCUGCCUGUGCUUCCUCUGCUUGUGCUUCCUCUACUUGCGCUUCCUCUGCUUGCGCUUCCUCUGCUUGCGCUUCCUCUGCUUGCGCUUUUUCUGCUUGUGCUUCCUCUGCUUAUGCUUCCUCUGCUUGUGCUUCCUCUGCUUGCGCUUCCUCUACUUGUGCUUCCUCUGCUUACGCUUCCUCUGCUUGCGCUUCCUCUGCUUGCGCUUCCUCUGCUUGCGCUUCCUCUUCUUGUUCUUCCUCUGCUUGCGCUUCCUUUGCUUGCACUUCCUCUGCUUGUGCUCCUCUGCUUGCGCUUCCUAUGCUUGCGCUCCUCUGCUUGCGCUUCCUCUGCUUACGCUUCCUAUACUUGCGCUUCCUUUGCUUGUGCUUCGUCUGCAUGUGCUUUCUCUGCUUGUGCUUCCUCUACUUACGCUUCCUCUGCUUGCGCUUCCUCUACUUGUGCUCCUCUGCUUGUGCUUCCUCUGCUUGUGCUUCCUCUGCUUGCGCUUCCUCUUCUUGUGCUUCCUCUGCUCCCGCUUCCUCUGCUUGCGCUCCUCUGCUUCUGCUUUCUCUGCUUGUGCUUCCUGCAUGUGCUUCCUCCGCUUGCGCUUCCUCUGCUUACGCUUCCUCUGCUUGCGCUUCCUCUGCUUGCGCUUCCUCUGCUUGCGCUUCCUCUUCUUGCGCUUCCUCUGCUUACGCUUCCUCUGCUUGUGCUUCCCCUGCUUGCUCUUCCUUUGCUUACGCUUCCUCUGCUUGCGCUCCUCUGCUUGCGCUUCCUCUGCUUGUGCUUCCUCUGCUUGCGCUUCCUCUGCUUGUGCUUCCUCUCCUUGCGCUUCCUCUGCUUGUGCUUCCUCUGCUUGUGCUUCCUCUGCUUGCGCUCCUCUGCUUGUGCUUCCUCUGCUUGUGCUUCCUGCUUGUGCUUCCUCUGCUUGCGCUUCCUCUGCUUGUGCUUCCUCUACUUGCGCUUCCACUGCUUGCGCUUCCUCUUCUUGCGCUUCCACUGCUUACGCUUCUUCUGCUUGUGCUUCCUCUGCUUGCUCUUCCUUUGCUUACGCGUCCUCUGCCUGCGCUCCUCUGCUUGUGCUUCCUCUGCUUGUGCUUCCUCUGCUUGCGCUUCCUCUGCUUGUGCUUCCUCUACUUGCACUUCCUCUGCUUGUGCUUUCUCUGCUUGGGCUUUCUCUGCUUGCGCUUCUCUCCUUCUGCUUCCUCUACUUGUGCUUCCUGCUUGUGCUUCCUUUGCUUGCGCUUCCUCUGCUUACGCUUUCUCUGCUUGCGCUUCCUCUGCUUGCGCUUCCUCUGCUUGCGCUUCCUCUUCUUGCGCUUCCUCUGCUUACGCUUCCUCUGCUUGUGCUUCCUCUGCUUGCUCUUCCUUUGCUUACGCUUCCUCUGCUUGCGCUCCUUUGCUUGCGCUUCCUCUGCUUGUGCUUCCUCUGCUUGCGCUUCCUCUGCUUAUGCUUCCUCUCCUUGCGCUUCCUCUGCUUGUGCUUCCUCUGCUUGCGCUUCCUAUGCUUGCGCUCCUCUGCUUGUGCUUCUUCUGCCUCUGCUUCCUGCUUGUGCUUCCUCUGCUUGCGCUUCCUCUACUUGUGCUUCCUCUACUUGCGCUUCCACUGCUUGCGCUUCCUCUACUUGCGCUUCCUUUGCUUGUGCUUUCUCUGCUUGGGCUUCCUCUGCUUGCGCUUCUCUGCUUCUGCUUCCUCCACUUGUGCUUCCUGCUUGUGCUUCCUCUGCUUGCGCUUCCUCUGCUUACGCUUUCUCUGCUUGCGCUUCCUCUGCUUGCGCUUCCUCUGCUUUUGCUUUCUCUGCUUGGGCUUCCUCUGCUUGCGCUUCUCUGCUUCUGCUUCCUCUACUUGUGCUUCCUGCUUGUGCUUCCUCUGCUUGCGCUUCCUCUGCUUGCGCUUCCUCUGCUUGCGCUUCCUCUGCUUGCUCUUCCUUUGCUUACGCUUCCUCUGCCUGCGCUUCCUCUGCUUGUGCUUCCUCUACUUGCGCUUCCUCUGCUUGCGCUUCCUCUGCUUGUGCUUCCUCUACUUGCGCUCCUCUGCUGUUCAAUCCUCUUUCUUUCUUCUAAUUUUGACAUCCUCUGCUUGCGCUUCCUCUGCUUGCGCUUCCUCUGCUUGUGCUCCUCUUUUUGCGCUUCCUCUGCUUGUGCUUCCUCUGCUUGCGCUUCCUCUGCUUGCGCUUCCUCUCCUUGCGCUUCUUCUGCUUGCGCUUCCUCUACUUGCGCUCCUCUGCUUGUGCUUCUUCUGCUUGUGCUUCCUGCUUGUGCUUCUUGCUUGCGCUUCCUCUGCUUGUGCUUCCUCUACUUGCGCUUCCUCUGCUUGUGCUUCCUCUGCUUGUGCUUCUUCUGCUUGCGCUUCCUCUGCUUGUGCUUCCUCUGCUUGUGCUUCUUCUGCUUGCGCUUCCUCUGCUUGUGCUUCCUCUGCUUGUGCUUCCUCUGCUUGCGCUUCCUCUGCUUAUGCUUCCUCUCCUUGCGCUUCCUCUCCUUGUGCUUCCUCUCCUUGUGCUUCCUCUGCUUGCGCUUCCUAUGCUUGCGCUCCUCUGCUUGUGCUUCUUCUGCCUCUGCUUCCUGCUUGUGCUUCCUCUGCUUGCGCUUCCUCUGCUUGCGCUUCCUCUGCUUGCUCUUCCUUUGCUUACGCUUCCUCUGCCUGCGCUUCCUCUGCUUGUGCUUCCUCUACUUGCGCUUCCUCUGCUUGCGCUUCCUCUGCUUGCGCUUCCUCUGCUUGCGCUUUUUCUGCUUGUGCUUCCUCUGCUUAUGCUUCCUCUGCUUGUGCUUCCUCUGCUUGCGCUUCCUCUACUUGUGCUUCCUCUGCUUACGCUUCCUCUGCUUGCGCUUCCUCUGCUUGCGCUUCCUCUGCUUGCGCUUCCUCUGCUUGUUCUUCCUCUGCUUGCGCUUCCUCUGCUUGCACUUCCUCUGCUUGUGCUCCUCUGCUUGCGCUUCCUAUGCUUGCGCUCCUCUGCUUGCGCUUCCUCUGCUUACGCUUUCUAUACUUGCGCUUCCUUUGCUUGUGCUUCGUCUGCUUGUGCUUCCUCUGCUUAUGCUUCCUCUACUUACGCUUCCUCUGCUUGCGCUUCCUCUACUUGUGCUCCUCUGCUUGUGCUUCCUCUGCUUGUGCUUCCUCUGCUUGCGCUUCCUCUUCUUGUGCUUCCUCUGCUCCCGCUUCCUCUGCUUGCGCUCCUCUGCUUCUGCUUUCUCUGCUUGUGCUUCCUGCAUGUGCUUCCUCCGCUUGCGCUUCCUCUGCUUACGCUUCCUCUGCUUGCGCUUCCUCUGCUUGCGCUUCCUUUGCUUGCGCUUCCUCUUCUUGCGCUUCCUCUGCUUACGCUUCCUCUGCUUGUGCUUCCCCUGCUUGCUCUUCCUUUGCUUACGCUUCCUCUGCUUGCGCUCCUUUGCUUGCGCUUCCUCUGCUUGUGCUUCCUCUGCUUGCGCUUCCUCUGCUUAUGCUUCCUCUCCUUGCGCUUCCUCUGCUUGUGCUUCUCUGCUUGUGCUUCUUCUGCUUGCGCUUCCUCUGCUUGUGCUUCCUCUGCUUGCGCUUCCUCUAA